AAGAUUUUUAUUUGGAUGCUUCUGUUUGGGCUGGGCAGCUCAAGUCGGUAGAAUUGAUAGUGGGUCACACACGGUACACGUUCACCGACAACCGGCUGUUGACCGGCUGCAAGUCGUGAACGACCGUCUAUAGCACGUGAAAGACUAUCAGUGGGUCGGUUCGGUUGUUCCGAACCUGAGGUUCGGUUGUUCCGAACCUGAGGUUCGGCAACAAGCCAGCAGGUGCUGGUCGCCUUCUCUAUAUAAAUGGACUCCCCCGGACAUAUCUCAUACGAGCCUUUCGUUGAUUGGUCUGAAAGAAAGAGCAUAGAGAUCUUUUCCUUGCCAGAAGAUAACUUUGGGAUCAAAAUCAAGAACAAGGGUUUAGAGCGCUGCAGAAAUUGGAGAUGGCAUUGGUUACAGGAGGAAGGUCAACAUUGAACCCCAACGCCCCUCUCUUUAUUCCAGCUGCUUUCCGCCAAGUGGAGGAUUUCUCCCCAGAGUGGUGGCAAUUGAUUACCACUUCAACAUGGUUCCGUGAUUACUGGCUCAGCCAGCACCAGGAGGGGGAUAUUUUUAAUUGUAAUAAUGCUGAUGAUGAAUUUGAUGCCAAUGACAUUGCUGACCUGCUGCCAGAUGCAUUUGACUUUGGCACGGAGGAAGACUUCUCACACAUGGAAGCCCAGUUUGAGGAGUUCAUUCAAUCUUCAGAAGCCGAAGAAGCAAAUAAACCAUCUCACCUUGCUUUGAAUGGAACGUCUGGAAAUGGUUCAGCUGUGAUGGAUGUGAAUGCACUGAUGAAAUUUACAAAUGAAAGGGGUCCCAAGUCUCUGGCAGAACCAGCAAAGUAUCAGGAGAAAGCAGGCAGGUGCAUGAGCCCAAAAUGCAGCCCUCGGCCCAUCCAGCAGCCCCGCUGAAGGGUGUCAGCUUUGCCAGGGUUCCAGUUAGCAGAUCAUCCAAGGGGGUCGGAAAAUAACUUUCUUAAUGUAGCUUCUGUAUAGAGCUAGGUUGCGUCCAACUCGUGUAUCCCUUCCUAUUCAGUCUCAUGUAUUUUUCUUCCACUUAACAAUAGAAACUUCCCAGAAAAUGUAUUAAAAAAAAGUUUCAAAUGAAUGAAAAAGAAAAAACCCAAAAAUUUGUGUUCA